AUGUCAAGCCUAUUCCAGUCCCGUUGGGCGCCUAAACCGAGCGAGCAUAAAACCCAAGGCCAACCACCGCCUGCGGCUUCGCCGGGGCGCCGGAUGCUGUUAUCUCCCGCAGGAGAAUUGUCGCGCUUCAUGAAGAUCGUCGCUCGCUUAAAAUGGAAACUUCCUUUCUUGGCCGAGGGCUAUCGCCUCGCGACACGCUGCACAGAUCCUACCGUGGCUGUCGCUCAUGCCGAAGUCAUGUUCAAGAUCGAUUUUCACGAGUAUUAUGCGCUUCUAGAACGCGCGCUGGUGCACUUGCUUGGCGUCUUUGGGAUCACCGUAUCGGCUGCAGGCAAGGUAUCUGGCACGAACUCCGUCUGGAGCACGCAUCGGUAUCAUGCCAAUGUCCUGGAAGCUCUCGAGGAUGAAAACUGCCCGCUACAUUCCGUCUUUCGCAAUGGGAAUGUGUACGAGCAACUGAAGAAAGCGAAGGAACUGCGCAACCGCUGGAAGUCGGCAGAUCUGUCCGAGCAAGAAAGAGAGCGAGAGUCUAUGUGGUCGCCGAGAAGAGAAAAGACGAUGCCGCUGCAGAACUAUGAUUUCGACAACAUGUUAGCAGAUAUCUUCGACGGCCUCGAGGAGGGAUGUCGUCUGGCGCAGGAACACGUGGCCAACAUCGCCCAGAGCAACCAUAGUCAGGCACAAGCUGACAGCUCGAAUGCCGAUUGGGAUUUCAUUGUUGAUGCGAUGGACUGGGAGGCUGUAUGA